AAAAGGGAUUAGGGGGAAAAGUUAGAGGUGCUAACAGAGGAGCAUAAGAGAGUAGUGAGUAGUACGCAAGAGAGGAAAACCACAAUCGGGGGAUCCCUAAUUUCUAGUGUAGUGUACAGUCGGUGAUCCUGAUCCCACCUUAACAAUCCUUCCCGAAAUUCCCUCCCUUCUUUUUUCUCUCUUUCCGUAACAAAGCGUCAAAUCAACAAAGAAAACAGAGAGAGUAAAACCCCUUUUGAAAGUGGUGAGUGGUGUGAAAGAGAAGAUGGCCGCGUACAGAGGCGAGGAAGAGUACGAUUACCUGUUCAAGCUGGUUCUGAUCGGCGAUUCGGGUGUUGGCAAGUCUAAUCUCCUUUCCAGGUUCACCAGGAACGAGUUCAACUUGGAGUCAAAGUCCACCAUAGGUGUUGAGUUCGCUACUAAGACCUUGAAUAUUGAUUCCAAGGUCGUCAAGGCCCAGAUUUGGGACACCGCUGGACAAGAAAGGUACCGAGCCAUUACCAGUGCGUACUACCGAGGAGCUGUUGGUGCCUUACUUGUAUAUGAUGUCACACGGCAUUCUACAUUUGAGAAUGCUUCAAGGUGGUUGAAAGAGUUGAGGGAUCACACAGACCCUAACAUUGUGGUCAUGCUAAUUGGAAACAAAUCGGAUCUCCGACACCUCAUUGCCGUCCCAACAGAUGAUGGAAAAUCUUUCGCAGAGAGGGAAUCUCUCUACUUCAUGGAGACUUCUGCUUUGGAGGCAACCAAUGUUGAGAAUGCAUUCACUGAGGUUCUUACUCAGAUAUACCGCAUAGUAAGCAAGAGAGCUGUCGAGGCCGGGGACAACAGUGAUACUUCAGCCGUUCCCUCUAAAGGACAGACAAUAAAUGUGAAAGAGGAUUCUUCGGUUUUGAAGAGAUUUGGAUGCUGCUCAAACUAAAUGGUUGUGCCAUCUUGUAAAUGCUUUCACGUGAAUCCUUAUAGGUUCUUGUAGAAUAAUGCUAGUUUUUACAUAUUGUUUUUGGAUAUUGUUGUUAACAAACCAUGCACAUGCAGCAUUUAUGUUUUGCAAAACGAUUAUUCUAAAAACGUGCUUGAAACAAAUUGAUCCACCCAAGUUGGUAGAGGUCAAGUUUUAUUUGCAA